AUGAACCGUUACACGUCAAGACUGCCCAAGGAUCUGAUAAAGGUCUAUCGAACAGAAUACGUUCGUCAAUUUACCGUUCCGGCCGGCCGCUUAGUCACCGGAAUCUAUGGCCUAUUUCGAAAAAACGUUCUUCGCAUCCGAUCGAAGGUAGGGGAAGAUCGCGAAAAAUUUCUUGGUAGGGUUCAGGCACCGCCGCCUUACGAUCAGAAAUCGACGAACGGAGAGAAGGAAGGAGGAAAUUAUUGCGAGAAAUUACCUGCUAGGGUUCCUGCGCCGCCGUCGUCUUAUCGGAAACGACGAAGAAAUCAGACUUCAAAUCUCAGAGGAAAGAGAUAACAUCGUGGCAAGAAGUUGCGAUAUUCGUCGGUGAAUCGUCGGGGGCUAAAGAAGACAGUGAGGAGGAAAAACCUAGCGUCGAAGGGGCCGAAACGUUAGGACUGGUGGCGUAAGUGAAGAAGAUCGGCGGGGCGAUGAUGGCGGCGGCGAUGAAGGAAGAAAACUGGCCGGUGGUGAUGACUGGGGCUGCUGUUUUAACCGGUGAAGUAAUUGGAGUUUCACUUGAGGUCUCUUGGACAAUAUAAUACAAAGUUGUGUUCGUGCGACAGACAUGGUAUCAGAGUUAUGCUCUAAACUUAGUCAUAUUAAUAGAAUUCUCAAAUGUCAUGACUACAAAAGAAA